GAAGGUUACUUCACGAUGAAGAUCAGGGUUACAACUCACUCGUAUGCCCUUCAAAAACUUGGCAUCAUUCCGAAUCUGGGAGUAAAAGGAUACGGAAGUAGGACGACAAUUUCUCGGCCAACAACGCCUGCAAAAACUCUGCUGCUACUCAAAAUGCGUGUGGAGACUUUGAUCUUGACUUUGGGUCUCGUUACCGUUGGAGCUUUAGGAACGGAUGAACACCACGAAGAGCGAGGACACCUUUUACGAGGUAUUUUGGGCGACAAGUUAAUCGCCGGAGCUAACAAAUUGUUCGGAAAGGCAGGGAUUUUAGAGUGUAAUGGGAUCCAAAGUGUGAGAACGGGGUCCUUUCUCCAUCAAAUAUUUGGAGAUCGACCCACUCUGGGAAAUGCAAUGUGCGGACCAACUUGCGGAGGUCACUGUGUCCCGUUCAACAGCUUUGCCGACGCCCCGACCUCAAUCAGCUACGCGUUCGGGUGUAAGUGUCCAGCACAACGGUGCAGUCCUGGACCGAUUCCCGACCCAUUGGAUAACCCAUCCUACAAAGUGGCCUGUACGCCAGACCAGAGCUGUACCUGUGCCGGGAUGGGAUAUGGAACAUAUUCUGGCCACCUUUGCAACUGGGUGAAUAUUAAUACGCAGCAGAAAGUGACUUUCGCCCAAAUGUCGACAAACCAAGGACGCCAACCUAUCCAACUGCACCCAGCUAUACUUCCGGUUAGUUGGUGCUCCUGCUGCCCUGCUGGAAAUUUCUAUUGAUAAAUUUCCACGUGUUUUUGGAAUAUAAUAAUUAUUGCCAGUUUUAAUUCUCAUCUGCAAACAAAUAAAAAA